AUGACAUUACCUGAAUUCUUUGGCUGUUCAAUGAUAGCUUUUGGUCCACCAUUGGCAUUGUUCAUCUUUACAAUAGCCCGGAAACCAAUACGUGUUAUAAUGGUCAUCAUGGCAGCCUUCUUUUGGUUAUUAUCUCUGCUGGCAUCUUCGCUGUUGUGGUAUGCCGUGGUGCCCCUAAGAGGUGUAUUGGCAUUUGGAGCCGUGUUUUCAGUACUCUUUCAAGAGUAUUUCCGUUAUUUGCUCUAUUUACUGUUGAGGAAAUUCGAAGAGGGCCUUGAAGCGGUGGCCGAUGAUCGCACCCUAGUCGAUAACAAACAUGUGUUGGCAUAUGUUUCGGGUUUUGGAUUUGGUAUUAUAUCGGCCAUGUUCUCUUUGGUCAAUGUUUUGGCCGAUUUGACCGGCCCCGGUACCUUGGGUUUAAACGGUGGCUCCGAAAGCUUCUUUAUGGUCUCGGCUGCCCAGGCCCUAUCCAUUUGCCUGCUGCACAUCUUUUGGAGUGUCAUUUUCUUUAAUGCCUUCGAUACCACCAAUUACAUACACAUUUCCUAUGUGGUGGGUUCGCAUUUAUUUGUCAGUCUCAUUACCCUAUUGAAUGCCCAGCAACUAUAUGCAGCCUCGCUGUCAAUAAAUUUCAUUGUGACCGUGGCCACGGCCAUCUUGGCAUUUACUGUUGCCGGUGGUACGGUGCGGUCAUUUAAACGUUUCAUAACCUGCCAAUAA